GACUUAUCAAUCUUGAGAUCGAUUCUCAUCUCCGCCCUCAUAGCUCUCUUAAAAAAAAAUCUAGAAGAACAGCUAUUUUCAAGACAAAAGUUACACAUCCCCACCAUCAAUUUUGUACUCCUACAACCUUCUGAAACAAGUAUCAGUAUGGCCUCAUCUUCUAAUUCUCUCUCCAAAAUUAUGCUUGCAAAUGAUCAUAUCACAAAAUUUCCUCUAUUUCUUCCUUCUUCCUCAUCAAAUCUUCAUUUUCCAAGCAAACCCACCUUCAAACAUCUCUCACAUAAUCCACUUCCUGCAGAAAAGUGCAGCAGAACAAGCACCAAAACAAAAGUAUCCUUUUUUCCUGGUUUUUUGACCAACAGAAAAGAUUCCAAAGCUUUAAAAUUAAAGGAGGAGCUUCUUAUGGCCAUUGAGCCUCUUGAUAGGGGAGCUGAUGCCACCCCUGAUGACCAGCUUUGGAUUGAUCAGCUUACGCGGAAGCUGGAAGCAGUAAACCCAACGAAAGAGCCACUGAAGUCUGAUUUACUUAAUGGGAAAUGGGAGCUCAUUUACACUACCUCUAAAUCAAUUUUACAAAAUGAGAGACCCAAGUUCUUGAGAUCAAGGGUUAAUUACCAAGCCAUUAAUCUGGACACUCUUCGAGCCCAAAAUAUGGAGACUUGGCCAUUCUUUAACCAGGUAACAGCAGAUCUCUUGCCGAUAAAUUCAAGAAAGGUGGCUGUGAAAUUUGAUUAUUUCAAAAUACUGGGACUGAUACCUGUGAAGGCACCAGAAAGAACUCAGUAUGGCUCUCUGGAUAUUACUUACUUGGAUGAGGAUUUGCGAGUAUCUAGAGGAGACAAAGGAAAUUUGUUUAUAUUAAAAAUGGUUGAUCGAUUGUACAGAGUCCCAAGGUAAGGUAAUAGAUAAACCAUCAGUAUUGAGUGACAGAUGAUGCAGAACAGAAGUGCAACAUAUAAUAGCAAUGGUGCUGGCUUCAACAAUAGUAGAUGGCAAUGGUGCUGUCACUGGACACAUUAUUUCAACUACAAUUGGGGGCCAAAAUGGAGAACCUAAACAGACAUAUAUGCCAACUUUAUAAAAGAAGUACGAAGAGAAGCUUCAGAUGCAAAACUUAAGAGAUGCCACCUCCUCCUUCCCCUCCAGCAUACCACAUAGUGGAGCUGAAAGUUUCUGACGAUGUAUCAGUAAAAGUUGCUCUGAACAAAAGCAAUUUAUAUGUGGUAGGAUACUGUGAUCAGUUUGAGGGAAACUACAGAGCACAUUUUCUUAAUGAUGCCCCUCUUAAUGCCAUUAAUGAUCAGUUCAAAGAGGCAAAAACACCUUUCGUUUCACUCUUCACUACAGUUCUAGAUAUGAAGCAAUUGAAAAAAAAACUGGAAUCAAUAGAAGAAAGGCUGGUUUGGGUAUCGGAAAAUGGAAGAAUUCAAUUACUGCAAUCAACAACCAAGAAAUAGAUGAGAAAAAAGAGGCAAUAUUUCUUCUUCUAUCAGUUCAAAUGAUAUCAGAAGCAGCCAGGUUCAAGUAUAUUGAACAAAAGCUAAUCCAAAACUUGCAGGGUUUUACUCCAGAUUACAAGGUGUUGAAUCUGGAGAAUAAUUGGUUAGCAAUCACAAAAGCAAUCACAGAUUCAAAGGAUGGAAAAUUAAGUCUCCAAUUACUUUGAGGGAUGCAAGUGAUAAACCCUGGAAGGUGGAUACAGUAGAAGAAAUUGCUCCAGACAUGGGACUGUUGUGUUAUUAUUUAGGUUCAGAAUCAAUUGUACUUUAGAAAUACCAUAUGCAAUGUCAAAAUCAUGUGAUUAGAAUAAAAACUUAGAUGCUUUUGAUUUGUUCUUCCUUAUUAUGCUGUAAGUUAAAGUUUAACAUGGUUUGUUAUAAUUCUACAAUCCAAUAAGCCUGUUUAUUGAAAUAUUGUAUUCUGUUGGAGCUUUCA